AUGAAAUUAAGUAAUUGCUAUGGAAAGCAACUUUUUGUUUUUUGGUUUAAUUGUCCAUCUGUUGCAGUGUAUCCGGCUCCAAAUUCAGCACCAGCCAAUCAGCAAUCAAAUCUGCAACCUCAGCAAUAUUCACCUAUUGCAAAAUAUUCAGCACCAGGAGCAGUACAAAGCUUAGCACCUGCUACUUCGAUAAAUUCAUGUUAUCAGGCACCAUCUGGUCACGAUAUGCGCUCACCCCAGCUAAUGUCUCCAACUCAAGCUUCAGUCCCGGGUGCUGUCUUGCAAGCUGCUGGCGGUGGUUUAACACCUCCCGUAAUUAAUAACACCACAUUGCAACGGAGUAUUUCAAAUAUGGAUAUGCAACCAAAUGGUAAUCCUGCUGUGAGUUCUCCUCUUAUCCGUAUGGUGCAGCAAACAACGCCUUUCUACGGACAUGACCCAAAUGUUGCAGGAAGUGGUAGAAAUUGUCAACACGCUCUUUUGUCAACAAAGACACAAAAGAAG